ACUCUCCCGAUUUUUUCGGGAGUCUACCGAUUUUGAACCCAUUCUACCGCUUGUCUACCCAUUUAUUUUUUACCCCCAAUUUCUACCGAUUUUUAAGAAAUCCGGAAAUUUUACCGAUUUCGCUCUGAAAAAUACCGUAUUUCCUGUGAAAGAGAAGAUGGCAGUUCAUUGUUUAUCGGUAGAUACAUGUUUAUUGCCGCUGAUAACAGGUAAUCAACAAGGUGCCAACUGUGCUACCAGUGAUUACUGGGGUUGUAAUUGCUUUCGAUUCUCAUUAGCAGAGUUUAUUAACAGAGAUACUGAGAUAGACAUGCCAGGUGUGGAAAUUUUCAGAAAUACACAUUAGAAAAAUGACAACGGGAUACGACCUAGUGUUGAAUUGACACUGUGCAGCAAAAUAUGACAAUAUACUAAUAAACGGCUUAUAAAUGGUAUUAAGCUUAGGAAAUAUGGCAUUCCUCAUUAUAUUCUCGUACGAAGUCAUUAAGCAUGGAAAAUACACCACCAAAGUCAAAAAAGAAAAGGUACGUCUGCAAGUAUCUAAAUUCUUGGGAAAAGGAAGCAGAAUUCAAAGGUUGGCUAACAAAAAGUGUGAAAGGCGAAGAUCAUGCUGCACCACUGGCCUGCUCUGACAAGCUACUUCAACUCGCACAGUGAUGUAGAGAAGCCUGGACGAGUUAAGAGAGUGGCAGAGCUCCUCAGUAGCCAUGAGAUGAGGAUGACCUUCCACUUCUUAGGUUAUGUGUUGGAGCCAUUGAAUGAAUUCAACACUACAUUUCAGGCUGAUGAAUCAAGGAUUGGAUAUCUUGGAGAAGAAAUCCACAAACUCCUAAGAAAAUUCCUUGGCCGUUUUAUAAAGGCAGGAGUAAUCAAGAAUUCCAAGGACCUCAUCAGUGUGGACUACCAAAAUCCAGAAAACCAGCUCCAAGACAACAUUCUUGCAGUUGGAAUUCUUACCAGGUCCUACAUUGCAGAGAAUGAUGAGGAUAUUCCACCAGUAGACUUGGCAAAAUUUUUCCAGAAUGUAAGGGGGUUCUACUGUGCCAUCACAAAGAAAAUGCUAAAGCACCACUUUCCAUUCAAUGACCCAGUUGUCAGCAAUUUAGGAUUCUUGAAUCCUCACAGAAGGGAAGAGACUACCUUGCAGUCUGUAGUGGAGAUUGCUAAAAGAUUCCCUGCCAUAGUUCAGGAAAAGGACUUCCCAAAGUUGGAAAAGAAGCUUCUGGACUUCACUGUUUCUCCUGACUGUGACCUACCAAACUUUGAAAAGGGGCAGACUAGAAUAGACUCAUUUUGGGGAGAGAUGGGGAAAAUGACCAACAAAAUCUCUGAAACACCAAGAUUUCCAAUUCUGAGUAAAAUUGCUCAGGCCAUGUGCUGCAUUCCAAACAGCAAUGCAGAUUGUGAGAGGGUGUUCUCCCUUGUGAGAAAAAUUCAGACAGAACAAAGAUCUUCCAUGGACAAUCAGACUCUAUGCAGUCUUCUGUGUGCUAAAAUAAACUGUAAAGAGGAAUGUCAUCAAGUGAAACCUUCUAAGGACACUCUGAAACUAACAAAAUCAGCAGCUUACAAUUACAAUAAAGAACAUUAAAGUCUAUCAUUUGUUAUUUCUUAGUUAUCAGUAUGAACAAAAAGAACGAGCGAUGACUUUUUACUAUCCAAAAAGGUCGUCGCGCGAUUUCUCCCCCAAGAAAUAUUUGGAAUGUUGACAG